AUGCACAGAAGCAAGGAGAUCUGGGGCCCCGGUGUUUUGGAAUUCGUUCCAGAGCGUUGGCUCAAGGGAAACUCCAAAAGUCUUGAACAUUAUCUGGUCUCCUUUUCCAAGGGAGCCCGUCAGUGUACUGGAAUAAACUUGGCCUACGCUGAGAUUUUUGCUGCUCUGGCACAUACGUUCCGCAAAUUCGAACUUACGUUGAAAACACAGACUGUUCUCACAAUCGACCGAUUCGUGCAAAUGAUCAUGGGCGAGGGAAUCUGUGUUGAUUUGGAGAGACGGAAAGAUUGA